AUGCGCACUGUGCCUGACAUCAGUCCCGUAGUAUUCAUGGAGUUUGCAAGACUAAUAGGAACGUCACACCAAGCGGCAGAUCAGUUGCCACAGCAGGCACACGAGCCCAAACUUCGAGGAAAAGUGGCAUACACCAUUGAUGAUGGCCCUUCCAAUGGAGAAAUGGCCGAUGACACCCGCCCUGCGGUGAACUCCCCGACAGCCUCCCCUCCUGCUAAGCGAAUGCACUGCGAGGAAACGUCACACAGAGCAGCAGGUUCGGUCCAACCGCAAGCAGGCAAUUACCAUGUUCCAGGUUCAGGUCCUCGCCAACAGAAGGCACAAGACCCCCAUGUUGCAUAUCAGCAUCAGGUUGGCACUCCUGACAACAGUGGCCCAGAGGUCUCCCGAACCAUGAAUGCACAUACCAGGCCUCUGCACCCACACCCUGAACAUAUCGACAGUGGCUCGGAGCCAGUGCAUAAUCCCCAUGGGACUUUGCAUCAACCUACCGCCCAAGACAAUGCUGCCUCAGACCACGCUGGGGGCUUUCGGUUCAGAUCUCCUCAGGCCCAAUACUAUAACAACGUCAACAUGCAUGAUGAAGACAAACACAACACGUAUAUGGAAGACUAUCACCAUCUGGCCAACACCCAUGUCAAUAUGGGCCGUCUGGCUUUGGUGGAAGAGGACGUGGCGGCCGCUCCCAAUAUCGAGCAUUAG